GGAGGCUGUCGCUCUGGCUCGCCGCCCCCCGCCGCCGCUCCGCACCGCGCCCCGCCACCGCGCCGCGGACCAUGGACCUGCCCAGGGGCCUCCUGGUGGCCUGGGCCCUCAGCCUGUGGCCAGGGUUCACGGACACCUUCAACAUGGACAUCAAGAAGCCCCGAGUCAUCCCCGGCUCCAGAGCCGCCUUCUUUGGCUACACGGUGCAGCAGCAUGACAUCAGCGGCAAGAAGUGGUUGGUCAUUGGCGCUCCACUGGAAACCAACGGCCACCAGAAGACAGGAGACGUGUACAAGUGUCCAGUGACCCAAGGGAACUGCACCAAGCUCAACCUGGGAAGGGUCACCCUAUCCAACGUGUCCGAGAGGAAAGACAACAUGCGUCUCGGCCUGAGCCUGGCCACCAACCCCAAGGACAACAGCUUCCUGGCUUGCAGCCCCCUCUGGUCUCAUGAGUGUGGGAGUUCCUACUACACCACAGGGAUGUGUUCACGAGUCAACUCCAACUUCAGGUUCUCCAAGACCGUGGCCCCAGCUCUCCAAAGGUGCCGGACCUACAUGGACAUCAUCAUUGUCCUGGAUGGUUCAAACAGCAUCUACCCCUGGGUGGAGGUUCAGCACUUCCUCAUCAACAUCCUGAAGAAGUUUUACAUCGGCCCUGGGCAGAUCCAGGUUGGAGUCGUUCAGUACGGAGAAGACGUGGUACAUGAAUUUCACCUCAAUGACUACAGGUCUGUAAAAGAUGUGGUGGAAGCUGCCAGCCACAUUGAACAGAGAGGAGGAACAGAGACCCGGACGGCAUUUGGCAUUGAAUUUGCUCGCUCAGAGGCUUUCCAGAAGGGUGGAAGGAAAGGGGCCAAGAAGGUGAUGAUCGUCAUCACGGAUGGGGAGUCCCACGACAGCCCAGACCUGGAGAAGGUGAUCCAGCAAAGCGAGAGGGACAACGUGACCAGAUACGCUGUGGCCGUCCUGGGCUACUACAACCGCAGGGGGAUCAAUCCAGAAGCUUUUCUAAACGAAAUCAAAUACAUCGCCAGUGACCCCGAUGACAAGCACUUCUUCAACGUCACUGAUGAGGCGGCCCUGAAGGACAUUGUCGACGCCCUGGGGGACAGGAUCUUCAGCUUGGAAGGCACCAACAAGAAUGAAACCUCCUUCGGGCUGGAGAUGUCACAGACGGGCUUUUCCUCUCACAUAGUGGAGGACGGGAUUCUGCUGGGAGCCGUUGGUGCCUAUGACUGGAAUGGAGCUGUGCUAAAGGAAACCAGCGGCGGGAAGGUCAUUCCUCUCCGAGAGUCCUACCUGAAGGAGUUCCCCGAGGAGCUCAAGAACCACGGCGCGUACCUGGGGUACACAGUCACAUCGGUCGUGUCCUCCAGGCAGGGGCGGGUGUAUGUGGCCGGAGCCCCCCGGUUCAACCACACAGGCAAAGUCAUCCUGUUCACUAUGCACAACAACCGGAGUCUCACCAUCCACCAGGCCCUGCAGGGCGAGCAGAUAGGCUCUUACUACGGGAGCGAGAUCACCUCAGUGGACAUCGAUGGCGACGGUGUGACUGAUGUCCUGCUGGUGGGCGCACCAAUGUACUUCAGUGAGGGCGGAGAGCGGGGCAGGGUGUACAUCUACAACCUGAGACAGAACCGGUUUGUUUACGAUGGAACACUGAAGGAUUCCCACAGUUACCAGAAUGCCCGAUUCGGCUCCUCCAUCGCCUCGGUUCAGGACCUCAAUCAAGAUUCCUACAACGACGUGGUGGUGGGAGCCCCUCUGGAGGACAACCACAGAGGAGUCAUCUAUAUCUUCCACGGCUUCCAGGGCAGCAUCCUAAAGACACCGAAGCAGAGAAUCGCUGCCUCAGAGCUGGCUCCAGGCCUCCAGUAUUUUGGCUGCAGCAUCCAUGGGCAAUUGGACCUCGACGAGGAUGGGCUUGUGGACCUGGCUGUGGGCGCCCUUGGCAACGCCGUGAUUUUGUGGUCCCGCCCUGUGGUUCAGAUCAAUGCCAGCCUCCACUUUGAGCCAUCCAAGAUCAACAUCUUUCACAGGGAUUGCAAACGCAGUGGCAGAGACGCCACCUGCCUGGCCGCCUUCCUCUGCUUCACACCCGUCUUCCUGGCACCUCAUUACCAAACUUCAACAGUCGGCAUCAGGUAUAACGCCACCAUGGAUGAGAGGCGGUACACGCCGCGGGCCCACCUGGAUGAGGGCGGGGACCGGUACACUAACAGAGCUGCCCUGCUCUCCUCCAGCCAGGAACACUGUGACCGGAUCAAUUUCCAUGUCCUGGACACCGCUGACUACGUAAAGCCAGUGACCUUCUCGGUCGAGUAUUCCCUGGAGGACCCCGACUAUGGCCCCGUGCUGGAUGACGGCUGGCCCACGACCCUCAGAGUCUCGGUACCCUUCUGGAAUGGCUGCAAUGAGGAUGAGCACUGUGUCCCUGACCUCCUGCUGGACGCCCGCAGUGACCUGCCCACAGCCAUGGAGUACUGCCAGAGGGUGCUGAGGAAGCCUGCCCAGGACUGCUCUGCGUACACACUGUCCUUUGACACCACGGUUUUCAUCAUAGAGAGCACACGGCGGCGGGUGGCGGUGGAGGCCCUGCUGGAGAACAAGGGCGAGAACGCCUACAGCACAGUCCUAAAUAUUUCACAGUCAGCAAACCUGCAGUUUGCCAGCUUGAUCCAGAAGGACGACUCCGACGGCAGCAUCGAGUGUGUGAAUGAGGAGAAGAGGCUCCACAAGAAAGUCUGCAACGUCAGCUACCCCUUCUUCCGGGCCAAGGCCAAGGUGGCUUUCCGUCUCGAUUUCGAGUUCAGCAAAUCCGUCUUCCUGCACCACAUGGAGAUCCAGCUCACAGCGGGCAGUGACAGUGACGAGGAAGAGAGCACCAAGGAAGACAACACGGCCCUCCUGCGCUUGCACCUCAAGUAUGAGGCUGACGUGCUCUUCACCAGGAGCAGCAGCCUGAGCCACUACGAGGUCAAGCCCAACAGCUCGCUGGAGAGAUACCAUGGCAUUGGGCCUCCCUUCAACUGCGUUUUCAAGAUCCAAAACUUGGGCUUGUUCCCCAUCCACGGGGUGAUGAUGAAGUUCACUGUUCCCAUCGCAACCAGGGGUGGCAACCGGCUGCUGCUGCUGAAGGGCUUCCUCGCUGACCAGGCGAACACGUCCUGUAACAUCUGGGGGAACAGCACUGAGUACCGGCACGCCCCGAUGGAGGAGGACUUGAGUCGUGCCCCACAGCUGAAUCACAGCAACGCUGAUGUAGUUUCCAUCAACUGCAACGUGAGGCUGGCCCCCAACCAGGAAAUCAGUUUCCAUCUGCUGGGGAACCUGUGGUUGAGGUCCCUAAAAGCACUCAAGUACAAGUCGAUGAGAAUCACGGUCCACGCAGCCUUGCAGAGGCAGUUCCACAGCCCUUUCAUCUUCCGCGAGGAGGAUCCCAGCCGCCAGAUCACGUUUGAGAUCUCAAAGCAAGAGGACUCACAGAUCCCCAUCUGGAUCAUCGUGGGCAGCUCCCUGGGGGGCCUCCUGCUGCUGGCGCUGCUGGUCCUGGCACUGUGGAAGCUCGGCUUCUUUAAAAGUGCCAAGCGCAGGAGGGAGCCCGGCCUGGACCCCACCCCCAAAGUGCUGGAAUGAGGCUCCGGGGGAGGCUGUGAGUUGAUGGGGGCCAGGACGCGGGCCCAGGCAGUGUGCAGGCCCGUGGCCCACCGAGCUGGGGUGGAGAGGACGCCAGCUCGCUUUGCACUUGACCUCAUCUCCUGAGAGACCAAGUCUGCUCCCUCUGAAAGGAACUCAAGUCAGUUUUAAGAGGGACUGUCCUACUGGGAGCCAUGGCACCUCCAACACAGAUCCCUAGGGAUUUAAAGGGACCCCUCCCAAGGUACACCCCAAAGCCGCCCCCAGGCUCUGUGGGGGCAUUUGAUGCCCCCAUCACUAAGGUGCUAGAAAUUCAUCAUCACCCCAUGCUCAGAAGAAACCCAGAGGGGAAGACUACAAAUGCAAACCCACUCUGCCCUCUCCAGGCCUCUAGUUCCAGUGGGACCUAAUGGGACAGCAGAUCUGCACUCUGCGCCGUCCUCCCACCCCAACGCUGUCCAUGGCUCCCGAGUCUCCUCACCCCUUCCCCAGGCCGGAGAUAGGUCCCCGGAGCGCCCCCUGCCUGAGGGGCUCAGCGGUGACAGCUGUUGGCCUGGAUGAAGACAGACUCUGGGACGCCAAGACUGUGAUGGACAGGCAGCUGGGACCUAGGAGGCUGGGCACCCACCAAGAUGCGGAGGUGGGCGGGCUCUCCCGCAUCCCCACCGUGCGUUCACACUGACCACCGCCCACAUCCCCUCCCAAAGCGCUCUCAGCAGCUGCAGGCCUGCAGCUGCCACCCCUCCUGCUGCUUUUGUUCCUGGGAGGCUGGCGGAAGUGUGGAUGACGCAAUCCCCAGGCUCCACGUUCCCACUUCAUCUUCCACCGCAGCCUGUCCCAAUGCGAUGGCAAGGCUGCAGGCCGUGGGCAGGGGUAGAGGUGGCGGGCCUCCCCUCCCUGCAUCACCCCCUCCCUACACACACACACACACACACACACACACACACACACACACAGCCUCUCACGGCCUCCCAUCCCUCCCUUCCGACCACCCAUCACCCAUCACCCAUGGGGGAGAAGGGCUGGACCAGUGCUGAGGGGUCCUCCCUGGAAUGCACUGGAUAAAGCCGGUGCAGGAACCCCCGGAGCCUGUGCAACCUUGGUGGCGAACGUCUGAUCUGCCAGCCCAUGGGACAAGUGGUACUACCAAUGACAGCGCCCCGAGGACAAGAGGCACGCCUGGUGCUCAGCCAAGUAAUUUAUGCCUUAACCUUGUUUUGAGGUAGGAAUAAAGGGGGGAUACAUCAAAGGCAUCUGUCCCCUGUCACAUAGUACGACCUUUACUGUCGUAAAUAUUUUAAAGAAAUUUUUAAAAAUACAGUGUUUAAAAACAACUAAGAGGCUGCCAUCCCUUUUGUGGGCAGAGCAUGUCCUAGUGAGCUACACUCUUUGAGGACAGGAGGUGGAUGAGGGGCUCCCUGCUUCUUUCCCAUUGUCUCUAGAUGUUUGGAAGGGACUUGUCCACCCUUUGCUCCCUACAACAUCCCCUCCCAGUGGCUGCCUGGUCUGAGAUGGACAUCUCCAGUGAUGGAGCACUCCCUCCCUCUUUCCCUCCCUCCCAAGCCCACGUGUUCCAUCUUUGGCCAGUUUAGAUGGUUGAAACCCACAUGUCACUGUAGCUUCUACCCCUUCGUUCCUGCUCUUUCCUCUCAGGCCUCGCAGAUUUCUCUAGGCUGGCAUCUCAGUGCUGACUUUCAGACCCUGACUUCUAGUUUCUUCACCUUUACCCACAGACUACUCUUAAAGUUAGUUGUCUCCAUUCUAUUCUCAUGCCUUUGGAAUCCCAAGAAGCCAGUAGAAUCUUAGAAAUUAUUUGGUCCUGUUCCCCCAUAGAUGAGGACGCUCAGAACCAGAGAAGUUAAGAGAGAGCCCCAGGUUC